AUGCUCUGGUCUGCACAGCUGCUCCACAAAUAUAGAAAUAAAUCACAAAACAUUCUCUGUUCCUUUAGGACCCUAACCUUAGCAAAUUCUCCCCAAGGUACUUCUGUUUCCAUCCCUUCUGUUUCGAAAGAUGACUAUUUUGCAGCUAUCCACCACAUUUCCAACAUCAUUCGUCGUGAAGUUCAUCCAGAGCGCACUCUCAACCGCAUGAACCUUUCUGUGAACUCUGAACUUGUAUUCCGCAUACUUGCUUCCUGCUCAAACUCUACAGAAUCUCUUCGCUUCUUCUCAUGGGCCCGUUCCCACUACACCCCCACCUCCGUCGAAUUUGAGGAGCUAGUCAAGAUCCUCAUUCUCCAUAGGAAGUAUGAAUCCAUGUGGAAAACCAUUCAACAAAUGCAAAAGCAGCAGCUUAGCCUUUCUUGUGAUAUCCUGUCUUUUAUCAUUGAAGAGUACGGGAAGAACGGCCUCAUAGACCAGGCUGUGGAAGUUUUCAACAAAAGCACUAAUUUAGGUUGCAAACAGACCGUUAGCGUUUACAAUUCAUUGCUCUUUGCACUUUGUGAGGUGAAGAUGUUCCAUGGAGCAUAUGCAUUAAUCCGGAGGAUGAUUAGGAAAGGUGAGUUACCAGACAAGAGGACAUACACAGUUCUGGUGAAUGGAUGGUGUUCCUCCGGGAAGAUGAAGGAAGCGCAAGACUUCUUGGAGGACAUGAGCAAGAAGGGGUUUAAUCCUCCGGUUCGAGGUCGAGAUUUGUUGAUAGAAGGUUUGUUGAAUGCAGGUUAUCUUGAAUCAGCCAAGAAAAUGGUAAGAAGAAUGACCAAGGAAGGGUUUGUGCCUGACAUUGCUACAUUUAAUUCUUUGGCGGAAACAAUCUGUAAAACUGAGGAGAUUGAUUUCUGCAUCGAUAUGUAUCAUAGUGUUUGUAAAUUGGGGCUUUGUCCGGAUAUUAAUACUUACAAAAUAUUGAUACCUGCAGCUUCAAAAGUUGGUAGGAUCGACGAGGCUUUUAGACUUUUAAAUAAUUCAAUUGAACAAGGUUAUAAGCCAUUCCCUAGUUUGUAUGCACCUAUAAUCAAAGGCUUGUGUAGGAAAGGGCAGUUUGAUGAUGCAUUUAGCUUUUUCGGUGAGAUGAAGAUCAAGGGUCAUGCUCCAAACAGACCGGUCUAUACAAUGUUGAUAACAAUGUGUGGACGUGGAGGCAGAUUUGUAGAGGCAGCAAAUUAUUUGGUGGAGAUGACUGAGCUGGGAUUAGCACCAAUUUCAAGGUGCUUUGAUAUGGUUACGGAUGGUUUAAAGAAUUGUGGGAAGCAUGAUCUGGCUAAGAGGAUAGAGCAGUUGGAGGUUUCCCUUCGACAUGUUUGAUGCUGCAAUUCAGAAUUGAAGAUUAUAGCAAAUCCCAUUGUCACAAUACUUGACAGCUCAAUGUAGUUAUUAACUUCUGAAAGGUCAGUUCCUGUUUCGGGAUUUGUUUACUUCUAAUUUAGUUUUGAUUCAUUUUAUUUCUGACCUUGUUCGAUACUAGUUAUACAUUUUAAGUUCUACCCCACAAAAGUCUCAUUGAGAAUUACUUGGUUA